UGGGCGGGGCAACCAGUGAGAGAUUCGGGAGCCUGAUGGGUGUGGCCCGGGGUCGCUGAGGGCAAAGGGGAGACCACGAACGGGGGGCCCCGAGGCGAGUUCACCCCCCCACACCCGUAGUUCCGACUCGCCGAGCGGUGCUGGGUCUCAGCGAGCCGCCGCGAGGCAGAGCCGAGCUAGCACCAUGAGCGCCGAAGCCGCUGACCGGGAAGCGGCCACUUCCAGCCGGCCUUGCACCCCGCCGCAGACCUCCUGGUUCGAGUUCCUGCUGGAGGAGGCGCUGCUGGAGACGCACCUGAAGAAGCCCUGCCCUGAUCCUCCACCUGUUCAGUUGAUUGUCCAGUUUUUAGAGCAGGCUUCUAAGCCAUCAGUGAAUGAGCAGAACCAGGUCCAGCCUCCACCUGAUAACAAGAGAAACCGUAUUUUAAAACUUCUUGCUCUUAAAGUUGCUGCACACUUAAAGUGGGAUUUGGAUGUACUAGAGAAAAGCUUGUCUGUUCCUGUACUGAAUAUGUUGCUGAAUGAACUACUAUGCAUUAGCAAAGUUCCUCCAGGAACUAAACAUGUAGAUGUGGACCUAUCCAGUUUACCUCCAACCACUGCAAUGGCUAUACUGCUCUACAAUAGAUGGGCUAUUAGGACCAUUGUCCAAAGUAGUUUUCCAGUAAAACAAGUGAAACCUGGUCCACCUCAGUUAAGUGUAAUGAAUCAGAUACAGCAGGAAAAGGAACUUACAGAAAAUAUUUUAAAAGUGCUGAAAGAGCAGGCUGCUGAUUCCAUCCUGGUGCUAGAAGCAGCACUUAAAUUAAACAAAGAUCUUUAUGUCCACACUAUAAGAACUCUGGAUUUAUUAGCCAUGGAGCCCGGUAUGGUGAAUGGAGAAACGGAGAGUUCCACAGCUGGAUUGAAAAUCAGUACUGAGGAAAUGCAAUGCCAGGUCUGUUAUGAUUUGGGGGCAGUCUACUUCCAGCAAGGCUCCACAAAUGCAGCUGUUUAUGAAAAUGCCAAGGAGAAGUUUUUUAGAACAAAAGAAUUGAUUUCAAAGAUUGGUUCAUCAUCACUUCAUUGCACCAUAGAUGAGAAGAGGUUAGCUGGGUACUGUCAAGCUUGUGGAGUUCUUACAUCAUCUUCCAAUAGCACAUCACAACAGUCAACUCCUUAUAGUCAAAUCCAUUGCUGUAUGAGAUGUGGCAACUAUCAGGAGUUAGUGAAGAUUUUCCUUGAAGAUAAUCUAACUCUCAGUUUACCUGUUCAGUUCAGACAGUCUGUGCUGAGAGAACUCUUCCAGAAAGCACAGCAGGGGAAUGAUGCUCUAGAUGAAAUCUGUUUCAGAAUCUGUACAUGCAACACUGUUUGUGAUGUAAUGCAGGGUCGAGCAAUUGGUAUUCAGUUUAACCAGCUAUUUCUUAAACCGAACAAAGAGAAAAUAGACUUUCUCCUUGAGGUUUGUUCAAGGUCAAUAAACUUAGAACAUGCUUCAGAAUCUUUGAAAAGAAAAAUGGCAGCUUUUCUCAAGAAUAUGUGUUUGAGUUUGGAAGAUCUUCAACUUGUCUUCAUGAUUUCCUCUCAUGAGCUGUUCAUAACCUUACUGAAAGAUGAUGAACGGAAGCUGCUCAUUGAUCAAAUGAGGAAAAGAUCACCUCGAAUCAAUCUGUGCACUAAACCUGUGACUUCGUUUUAUGAUAUUCCAGCAUCAGCAAGUGUCAAUAUUGGCCAGCUGGAACAUCAGCUUAUAUUAUCAGUGGAUCCCUGGAGAAUUCGCCAGAUUUUAAUUGAGUUGCAUGGCAUGACCUCAGAACGCCAAUUCUGGACAAUUUCUAGCAAGUGGGAAGUACCAAAUGUUUAUGGCAGUGUUAUCCUAGGAAUUAAAGACAACUUGACUAGAGAUUUGGUCUACAUCCUGAUGGCAAAGGGGUUACACUGCAGUGCAAUUAAGGAUUUUGUCCAUGCAAAGCAGCUUUUUGCUGCUUGCCUGGAGCUUGUGACAGAGUUUUCUCCAAAGCUGCGCCAGGUCAUGCUGAAUGAGAUGCUGCUCUUAGAUAUUUACACUCAUGAAGCAGGAGCAGGGGUUUCUGGAGAACGUCCUGCUUCUGAUUUGAUCAGCAGAGUCCGAGGAUAUUUGGAAAUGAGGGUACCUGAUAUUCCUCUUCGACAAGUUGUAGCAGAGGAAUGUGUUGCCUUCAUGUUAAACUGGCGGGAGAAUGAAUACUUAACUAUGCAAGUUCCUUUACUUCUGGUUCAGACUAAUCCUUAUGUGAAGUUGGGGCAGCUUUUGGCUGCUACAUGCAAAGAACUUCCAGGCCCCAAAGAAAGUAGACGGACAGCUAAAGACCUUUGGGAAGUUGUUGUGCAGAUCUGCAGUGUAUCCAACCAGCACAAGCGAGGGAAUGAUGGCAGAGUGAGUUUAAUAAAACAUAGAGAGUCUACAUUAGGCAUUAUGUACAGGAAUGAAUUACUCUCUUUUAUCAAAAAGUUACGGGAACCACUGGUUUUGACUACAAUAUUAUCCCUGUUUGUUAAGCUUCAUAAUGUUCGGGAAGACAUUGUGAAUGAUAUUGCAGCAGAGCAUAUUUCUAUUUGGCCAUCAACUAUUCCCAACCUUCAGUCAGUGGAUUUUGAAGCUGUAGCUGUUACCGUAAAAGAGCUGGUCAGUUAUGCACUGACUAUAAACUCAAACAACCACUUCUGGUUAAUUAUUCAGGCAGAUAUUUAUUUUGCAACAAAUCAAUAUUCAGCAGCCCUUCAUUAUUACCUUCAAGCAGGAGCAGUAUGCUCUGAUUUCUUUAAUAAGAUGGUACCUCCUGAUGUAUACACAGACCAGGUGAUAAAAAGAAUGAUUAAGUGCUGUUCUUUGCUCAACUGCCACACCCAGGUAGCAAUUUUAUGUCAGUUCCUCAGAGAAAUAGACUAUAAAACAGCAUUUAAGGCACUCCAGGAACAAAACAGCCAUGAUGCUAUGGAUUCUUACUAUGACUACAUCUGGGAUGUUACCAUUUUGGAAUACUUGACAUAUCUCCAUCAUAAAAGAGGAGAGACAGACAAGAGACAAAUAGCAAUUAAAGCUAUUGGCCAGACAGAGCUGAAUGCUAGCAAUCCAGAGGAAGUAUUGCAACUUGCUGCACAGAGACGAAAAAAGAAAUUUCUUCAAGCAAUGGCAAAACUUUACUUUUAAACAUUCCUAUAAAUGCUGGUGUAGAGUGGAAAAUAUUUCACUUUAUUUAAGUUGUGUUGAGUAUUUGAAAUUUUUAUACAAUACAUAUUUACAAGCAUAUUGUGUGGUUUUUUAAAAUAGAUGAAAUAUUACAAAACCAUUAUCUUACAAAAUUGUACAGAAGAUCUGGAAUACUCACUCAAGUAAUGCUUCUUUUAAAAAAAAAAUCAAUUUGAAGCAAUGAGUUCAAGCUUCAGCUAAGUUAAACUAGUAGAGAAUGCUGAGUUUAAUACAGUUUACUAAGAAUAUGUACAUUAGAGGCUAUUAAUUGUGAUGGUGUGUGCUCAGAAUAAGCACAGCUCAGACAUUGCCAGCAAGAGUCUUGCUUUAAGUUCUAUAAAAUGUUUAUACUCUACCUUACUGAAGCAUGUAAUUCCUCCAUUGUUCAAAAAGAUGCUGGAGCAGCUCCUCAUGGCAGGAGCAGAGGUAGUGAAUAGAGUGGUGGUUAAUGCUGUUUUAAACAUUGAUACCUGCACAGUAUGGGGUAUUAAAAUACUGCUUCCACUUUGA